GCAGACAGCGCGUUUGGGAGGUGUAGUGGAAGAAAGGCAAGAGAAACGGAGUAAAUGAGAGCACUUUUGUCCAGAUUGUUGAAGGACUUAUCAACUUAAAAUACCGCCGAAUCAGCUCACUAGAAUGAGACGGACACAUUGUUGAAUUCCUGUCCAGAUAACCACGGGCGUCGUGUGCUGGGCUGAGUGCAGAGAACUUGGGAAAACAAAGUGACUCUCCCUGUGGAAAUCCUGGAUCCUCUACCCUGUCCACCAACAUGACCAAUGUGGUGAUCGUCAAGGAGGGAUGGCUGCAUAAAAGAGGAGAAUACAUCAAGACCUGGAGGCCAAGGUAUUUCCUUCUGAAGAGCGAUGGUACAUUCAUUGGCUACAAAGAGCGACCGCAAGAUGUCGACCAGCUGGAAACUCCCUUAAAUAACUUCUCUGUAGCACAAUGCCAGCUGAUGAAGACGGAACGACCUAAACCCAAUACAUUUAUCAUCCGCUGCCUGCAGUGGACCACUGUCAUCGAGCGCACCUUCCACGUUGAGACCCCUGAGGAGAGGGAAGAAUGGACGAAAGCCAUCCAGGCAGUGGCAGAAGGGCUGCAGAAGCAAGAGGAGGAGAUGAUGGACUCCUCUCCAGACCCCAUGGAUAUGGAGGUCUACCUGACCAAACCCAGACAGAAAGUGACUAUGCAUGACUUUGAAUACCUCAAACUCCUGGGAAAAGGCACUUUUGGCAAAGUUAUCCUGGUAAAGGAGAAGGCCACAGGACGCUACUAUGCCAUGAAGAUCCUAAAAAAGGAGGUGAUCGUAGCAAAAGAUGAAGUGGCGCACACACUCACAGAAAACAGAGUCCUUCAGAAUUCAAAGCACCCCUUCUUGACAGGACUGAAAUACUCUUUCCAAACUCACGACCGCCUUUGCUUUGUUAUGGAAUAUGCUAACGGUGGCGAGCUUUUCUUCCACCUUUCAAGGGAUCGGGUAUUCUCAGAGGAGCGUGCUCGCUUCUACGGUGCAGAGAUCGUGUCUGCGCUUGACUACCUGCAUGCUGAAAGAAACGUGGUCUACAGAGAUCUAAAGUUGGAAAAUCUGAUGCUGGAUAAAGAUGGACACAUCAAGAUAACCGAUUUUGGCCUCUGUAAGGAGGGGAUCAAAGAUGGCGCCACCAUGAAGACUUUCUGUGGAACACCAGAGUACCUUGCACCUGAGGUACUUGAGGACAACGACUAUGGCCGUGCUGUGGACUGGUGGGGUCUUGGUGUGGUGAUGUACGAGAUGAUGUGCGGCAGGCUGCCUUUCUACAACCAGGACCACGAGAAGCUGUUUGAGCUCAUCCUCAUGGAAGACAUCCGCUUCCCACGGACACUCGGUCUAGAGGCGCGCUCGCUGCUCUCUGGACUCCUCAAGAAGGACCCCAUGCAGAGGUUAGGUGGUGGUCCUGAUGAUGCCAAGGAAAUCAUGCAGCAUAGGUUCUUUGCCGGGAUUGAAUGGCAAGAUGUGUAUGAGAAAAAGUUGGUCCCGCCGUUCAAGCCCCAUGUUACUUCGGAGACAGACACGCGAUAUUUUGAUGAGGAGUUCACUGCACAAACCAUCACGAUUACGCCACCUGGACAAGAUGACAGCAUGGAGUCUUUCGACAGUGAGCGGAGACCCCACUUCCCUCAGUUCUCCUAUUCUGCCAGUGGGGUGGCUUGAACGGCACUCACACAUUCCUCAAUCAUCCCCCUCGAUCCCUCCCCUUCAAGCUGACUGCAUCCUCCAAAAAGACUGUGGCCUCCACCUAUUGUGCAACGUCACCUCACCCCACCAUCUCCCAAGUUAGGUUCUCCAGGAAGGAGGAAGUGCAAGACAACACAAACAGAGCUCUGCCUUUUUUUUUUUUUCCCUCCCCGUGUGAGCGUUAACACUAGUCUUCCUUUCCUGGCUGUCUAGCGAGCAGGCAUCCACACACCAGCACCUUUGAUGCAAAAAUGGGGCCACUGCUGUAAGUUUCAAGGCUAAUAAUAUAAGGGGUAUUACUAAUAUAUUUUUCAAAACAUAAUUGAACCGAAAUCAACCAUUUCAAGUAGAAAUCACAAAUGCGGUGGACCAAAGUCCUGGUGGUAAUCUGGUGUGUGCAUUGCUUGUCUCCUCUCCAAAUCAAAACCAAACCAACAAUUUUAAGGGGGCUUCAAAAGUGAAUGUAACGUUUGAAAUAAAGUGGAUCUUUCCCCGCAUGCAUCCCUUUUUCUAAACACCCUCCUUCAGUCUGAUAAAUGAAUAACGUAAAGGUCUGAUGAUACGCAAAGAAUGACAUGGGUCUGGUUACUGUUCAAGUCAACCUCUUCGUCCUGUGUUCGCACGCAGAGAUGUUUCUCUUGUUCGGAUAAAAUGAAAUUGUCUCGUUCUCGUUGCCUUCCUUUCUAUCUCAAUGCUGCGCAGUGAACACCUCUGGGUUUCCCUUCUGAUCCGGAUCAGUCGGGCCCUCGCUGACUCCUCAGAACCUCUUCUCUCCUGUAGUUUUUUUUCUCCUAGUAGAGUAUUGGGUGUUUCCCAUCCAGUGCUUCCUCUGCAGCCUCAGUGAGGUCACUAACACGAUACAUUUCUGUAGGAACACAAAGUGGGCUUCAGGGGAAUACACACCAAGAGUCAUUUUUCAUUUGCGUCUUAGCGGAAUUUGUGUCCCGUUCCCUACUUCUUAUUUAUGAGACCAGCAUUUAAAUAUUAACAAGUUUCAAUGUGCCAAUGAAAUGCACCUUGCUGCCCCACAAUGAUUGUAUCUGGGUUUUGUAUUUGUGGUUGAAAAGACUAAAUUAGCUUAUUAUAUAGUAUUCCAAUGUUUUGGAUGAAUUAAAACCUUUUUAAAACAUGGCUGAGGCUAAAAGGUGAUCUUUGAGAUCCAGCAUGUAUUCAAAGUGUGAUUAGAGGUUUCCAAUGUGGUUAAGAUGGCAGAUAAUCAUUUUUCAAAAGUGCAUUAUGCCUUAUUGAAUGUAACGGUUUUUGUUUUCACUUCAAACUUUUUGUUUUUUGUUAAAUCUGAUUAAUUACUUCUAUGCACACACCCCUCUUGUUGUCACCUUUGAAAAAUAGGGAAAUUCAUUUUAUACGGUUUUUUUUGCAACUUUUUGUACCUGCCCUACCAUAUCCGCAAGACUGAGGACACCAGCUUUAGCAAACAAAUAAUAUAAACUUUGUACACUGUUUUUACUUGUUUCUUUCAAACUGAUGGAAUAAAAGGUCUUAACAAUGCAA